AUGGGAAUAUCGCGAGAUCAUCGUCGCGAUCGAAGGGACACCAGGGAGGUCUCCGGUGUUGCCUUGGAUGUUGUGGCUGGAACUUGGGCAGAUCCUACAGGAUCAUACUAUGAGGUGACUUGUGACACUGGCUUUGAUGGAGAACUUGCAUACAGCUGCAGUGUUCGAAUACAGCGUCCGAACGGCGAUGUUUUCGACAGACCAUCUGUGAUAAAGCAAUUUGGAGAUUGGACCAUUGUUUGGGGUCAAAAAUAUGUUCUGGACGAAGCAAUUUCAAACGGGCACAAGUUGCAGUGGAACAAUCUGCGCGGGGGCUCUGGAUUCGUCUGGCAGCGCGUCAAACCAGAAUACUCCAGAUACAGGGGCUAUAGCUCUGCUCCGAAAGGCUCCACUGUCCGGACUGCACCAAGAGCUACUGGAAAGGCAGAAUAUGAUUCAAAAACCUGGAACAGCUGGUUUGGCUGGCAUAAGAAAGAUCGCGAUGGCUGGGAAAAAUGGGACAAGACUGGCAGUGAGCAUGUCGAUGAGGAGGAUGAGGCCGAGGCCAUGCACGAGACCCAAGCCACCACUGCCUCCGAUGAUGCCGUUGAUUCGGCCACGGAAACAGCGGCCAUUUUCGGUUCCGCCAGCGAGGCCGAUGCAGAUGGCGAGAAACGCGAUUUGCCAGACCAAGCAGUUAUUGAAACCAGAUGGAGGCCGAAGUUGCAUCCACCUCCACCUCCGCCCCGACAGAUCCAUAGGGCCAACUUGGGCUACUGGAACAAUGAAGCCGUUGCUUCUCGCAUCUCGUUGGAUAUACCACAUCAUCGACCAAAGAGAGAAUCCUGUCGACCUGGACAACAUAUCAAUGGUUGUGUGUCAUAUGCCACUGCGGGUGAUUUGAAAGACGUACCCAUCUACGAUGGCACCCUCGAACGGUUUGACAAGGACAAGAAUUCAGGUACGAUUUCUUCACGAGGUGCUUUGGCAGAUUUCAAGCAGAAUGUCUAUGUGCAUGGAACCGUUCUGCACAGCAGCAAGGUUUGUUUAAAGGACCGGUUGUGCUUCAGAGUACACAUGAACGCCCAUGGGAAGCCGCAAGCUUCACGGCCAUUGCUCCGCCUGCGGGCCAAUGAAGGCUAUGCUUUGUCAGGCACAUUUACUGUAGCUGCAGCUCACAGUGGAAUUGCUGGGACCAUCCACUGUCAAAGCGUUUCGCAGCUCUUUGAUGAAGAUGUUCAGGUCAGUCACGAGGUUGGGCGACAACUUCAAACUGGCGACAGAGUCAAUUUCAAUGCCAGGUGGAUCUAUGAGGACAAUGACGGGAAAUUGGAGGCUUCUGAAGUCCAGUGCGAAGAUCAAGAGAGACCUGGGCCACCCCCGGGACUUCCUGGUGCUCCAGAGACGACGGAGCCGGAGGACGGGCCUUUCGAGGACGUUCAGGCACCUCCUGGGCUUGGUGUCACUGAGCCAACGGCCAAGCCAAAAGAGGAGAGUUUCGACAGAUCGCCUCCGAAUAAAGAAGCUCCACAGCAAGGGUUGAGAGACAGUUUGGAGCUCAUUGGAGCUGGUCUGGCACAGGAUUUGGAGAUAGAGCAGGUGAUACAUUUAUAGAUGUGAUUUUGAAUACCCAUCGCUGACCACAAAAAAGUGCAGAGAUGGACUAUCAGUUCCAUAUGCAUGAGACUAAUGAUGACUAAUGUUUGCGGGUGCCUCCAAAGCCUCCUGAAAAGGGGGGGGGCUCCAAGUGCACGAAAUGAAACGAAAGAAUUCUGAAGCUUUGAGAGGUCAGAGAAAAUUUGAACAUUCAAAAUAUGGACUUCCCGAAGCUCCCGGUACAGGGGAGCUCAACCCCCGGCCGCGACCGGGCUCCGUCUGAAACGGAGAAAAAUCCAUCUUUUUUGAGUCUCACGUUGAAAAGGCCGCUGAUGCUCCCAUGUAUAUGG